AUGGGAUCCGUCAGCGACGUAGACGAGGAGGCGAGAAUGCACGCCCUGCAGCUGGCGAUGGGCAGCAUCCUCCCCAUGACUCCAAAGGCGGCCGUCGAGCUCGAGCUCCUCGACAUCAUUUUCAAGGCCGGUCCUGGCGCCAAGCUGAGCCCCGCAGAUAUUGUGGCCCAGCUGCCGACUGAGAACCCGCAGGCGGUCGACAUGGUAGAUCGAAUUCUCCGCUUGCUCGCGUCCCACCGUGUCGUCAGCUGCACCGUCGAGACCCACUCUGAUGGUCGGCCUUUGAGGAAGUACGGCGCAACCCCCGUCUGCAAGCACUUGGCCAAGCAUGACGAUGGUGGUUCCAUGGCCGCUCAAUGUGAUGCGGUGUUGGAUGGUGGCAUCCCCUUCAACAAGGACUACGGGAUGCCGGCGUUCCAAUACCACGGCACUGAUCCCCGGUUCAACAGUCUGUUCAACGAGUUCAUGAGGAACCACGCCGCCAUCAUCAUGAAGAAGCUGCUCGCGGUGUACCGCGCCUUCGUUGGCAUCGAGGUGCUCGUCGACGUCGGUGGUGGCGUCGGCAUCAGCCUCCACAUGAUCACCUCCAUGCACCCCCACAUCAAGGCCGUCAACUACGACCUCCCCCAUGUCAUCUCGGAGGCACCACCCUUCCCAGGUCCCCCACAGUUCGAUUUUCUUUUGUUUCUCCAUGAUAGGAGUGGAGAUAUGUUUGAAAGCGUUCCAAGUGGCGACGCCAUUGUUUUGAAGAGAUUAUUACUCUCCGUGCUUCUAUGGCAACUGCAGUGGAUUUUUCAUGACUGGAAUGACGAGCAGUGUGCAAGAAUAUCGAGGAAUUGCUGGAAAGCACUGCCCGAAGGAGGGAAGCUGAUAGUGGUGGAAUACAUCCUUCCGUCAAUUCCUGAGUCAAGGUUGAACUCCCAAGGUGUUUUUGGCUGUGCUGGGAGGUAA